UCCGUUGCAGGCUAAAGCGAACUGUCGGCAAGAACUGUACUUCAGCUUCCAAAAUUUCUCGGACGAAACCGAUCCUAUCCCUCCUCCUGCUCUUGUCUGUGAUUUUCUCCUCUUUUUCCUACAUUUUCUCGCUUGCCAAACACCUCGCCUCGUUCAAGUUCAUGUGUUGAUUAGUUUUAGCUUAUGGGUUUUCUGCAGUGAGCAAAACCCAUCAAGGAAUUGAAGUGAAUGUGAGUUAAACCGACUAGUUUCACUUCAAUUUUCCUCCAUUUCCCUGCACUUUCUCUCUUCCCAAACACAAGCUUCGUGAUUUGGUUUCGAGAUCUGAUUGCAUCUGAAACAGGGGUAUUGAAGAGUGAGCGAGGCCCAUCAAGAUAUUCGUGUAAGUAAACUUCAAGCAAAGCCUUUUCACUUGAGAUUACAUUUUCUCUGUUGCAGAAAAGUGAUUUUUCUUUAGUGCGAAAUUGGAAGAUCUGAUUAGUUUAGGGAAUCGAGAAUUUGAGAUUAGGCAAAUCCCAUGAAGGAAUCGAAUACAAGUACGCAGCCAAUAGGCCAGAAUCUGAUAAAACUUAUAAGUAACCUAUGUUUCGCAGUCUUUGUAUUCUCAGUUCUCAUUUUUACAGUAAUUGCUAUCACAUAUCAACCUCCAGAUCCGUGGGUUGAAUCUGCACCAGCUUUAACAAAGCUAUUCACUCUAGCUGAAAAUGCUACUUUUAAAGAUGACAAAUCUAUUCUCAAAACUGGUGAAGAUUUGCCAUUUGUAUUGAGCCCUUCUGCUUCACCUGUUAGUUCCAUCACUGAAGCAGCGAUUGAGAAAUCUGAGCAAGAAAUAAAGAAUUUGUCCGUGAUGACUGAACCGGAGUGUGAUGACCGGAAGGUAGUAAAUUGUUCUGACCCACGAUUAUUGAUUGCGGUUGAGCGGUUUAACUUGAAGUAUUUUAAGUCAGUUGUGUUUUUGGAGUACAAAACUCCAGUUAAUGGGUCGAAAUCAAAUGAGUGUGAUGUGGCUUGGAGGUUUAGGAACAAGAAAGAGAAGUCUUGGAGGAGGUAUAGGGAUUUUAGGCGAUUUAGAUUUGGAAUUGGGGAGAAUUGUACUUACAAAGUUGUGUAUGUAAGUGGUUGGCAUUCUGGUGUUAAUGCCAGGAGGAUGUUUAGAAGUAGAUCCAGGAGUUCUGUGAAUACCAAAGUUGCACCAAAAAUUCGUGAUGAUGAGAUCAAUGACACAAUCCCGACUUUGGGAUCAGAGAUGAAUUUUCAUAAAGGGAGAUACUUGUAUUAUUCGCGCGGAGGGGAUUAUUGUAAAGGAAUGAAUCAGUACCUGUGGAGUUUCUUGUGUGGUUUGGGAGAGGCUAUGUAUUUGAAUAGAACAUUUGUCAUGGAUUUGAGUGUUUGCUUGUCAGCAACUUAUAACCCAAGCAAUAAGGAUGAGGAGGGGAAGGAUUUUCGAUAUUAUUUUGAUUUCGAGCAUCUUAAGGAGGUGGCAUCGAUUGUAGAGGAAGGUGAGUUUUUAAGGGAUUGGAAGAUAUGGGAUCAGAGUCAUAAGAGGAAAGUGCCUACUAAGAAAGUUGUUACACAUAAGGUCACACCAAUGCAACUUAGGAAAGUUAAAAGCACAAUUAUUUGGAGGCAGUUCGAUGCUCCAGAGCCACAGAAUUAUUGGUAUAGAGUGUGUGAAGGGGAAGCUGCAAAAUACAUUCAGAGGCCAUGGCAUGCUUUGUGGAAAUCUAAGAGAUUGAUGAAUAUAGUCACAGGGAUCAGUGGGAAAAUGGAUUGGGAUUUUGAUGCGGUUCAUGUGGUUCGAGGCGAAAAAGCACAAAAUAAGGAGCUCUGGCCCCAUUUGGACUCUGAUACAUCACCUGACGCCCUUCUUGCAAAGCUACAAGGAAUGGUUCAACCUUGGAGACAUUUGUAUAUUGCAACCAAUGAACCAUUUUAUAAUUACUUUGACAAAUUAAGGUCUCAGUACAAGGUCCAUUUGCUUGAUGACUACAAGGAACUUUGGAGUAAUACAAGUGAGUGGUACAAUGAGACUACAUCUUUGAACAAUGGACGACCUGUUGAGUUUGAUGGAUACAUGAGAGUUGCUGUGGAUACUGAAGUCUUUUACAGGGCAAAGACACAUGUGGAGACCUUUUGUAAUUUGACUAAAGACUGCAAGGAUGGAGUUAAUACCUGCUGACCAGGUCGGCAUCCGCUCCUGUUGCUGUUAUCUUAAAGUGAUUCACAUCUCAGUAGUAAGUUUUAUUGUAUGUUGAUUCGGUCACAGAAUGACAGUUUUGAGUUUACUUCAGGCUUCUUAUUUCAUUUGCAGUUCUUUCAUUAUAUUGAUUAUUGGUAAUUCUUGUCGAUCUGAAAAGCCUGUAUCUAUGACAUAAAGUCAACUCAAAUUAAUUUACAUUUUUUUCUUA